GCUGAGUUCAGGCGACCCAAUUCACCCGGGAAGGAUUAUGUCGAAACAGCGAUUAGCCCCUCUCUGUUGUGAUGUUGUGGGACGUAUCUACGACGCGCUCUGUUCCUGAAGUGAUUGUAUUUUUUGCAUUGACAGUCUGAUUUCGCUUGGCAGCAAAUGAAUGGAAGCGUUACAAGUUAGAGGGGACAAAUAUAGUUCCUAGUAUACAGGUUCUACCUGCGUAGGGUAUGAGUCAGUAAACGCUGAAUUGUUCCGAAGAUUAGAAGGAGAAACAUGACAACUGUACACCCGGCAGCCUACCCCCCGGGGGGUCAGCCCAUAGCUGCACAGCCCAUGGCGGGAGUGCCCCCACAGGCCGGAGGGGUGGGCUGGUCCCCGACUAGUCAGGUGCCGGUAGGGUGCCCCCCGGGGCUGGAGGGUCUAGUAGCCAUGGACCAGCUGCUCGUCAAACAGAAAGUGGAAGUCUUUGAAGCAAUCACUGGAUACGAAACAAACAACAAGUAUGAAAUCGUCAACACCCUAGGACAGAGGGUGUUCAUGGCAGUAGAAGAUACGUGUUGCUGCACCAGGAACUGCUGUGGUCACAGUCGACCGUUCGACAUCAAGAUCCUCGACAGAACCAACAGGGAGGUCAUCCACCUGUCCCGCCCACUCCGCUGUUCGUCGUGUUACUUCCCCUGUUGUCUACAGAAAGUGGAGGUACAGGCCCCACUCGGCAACACAAUCGGGUAUGUGCGCCAGGGGUGGCACCCGUGUCUACCCAAGUACAAGCUGAUGGAUGAGAAUGACGAGACGGUUCUCCGGAUCGAGGGGCCCUGUUGUCAGUGGAACAUAUGUGGUGAUGUGGAGUUUGAUGUGAAGUCCAAAGACGAACAAUUUGACGUGGGCAGGAUUUCAAAGCAAUGGUCAGGGCUGAUGAAGGAGAUGUUCACAGACAGCGACAACUUCGGCGUCACCUUCCCCAUGGACCUUGAUGUCAAGAUGAAGGCGGUGAUGCUCGGGGCAGUCUUCCUCAUUGACUUCAUGUACUUCGAAAACAACCAGGACAAGGCUGCAAGAGAUGCGCACAGGGUAAUCUAGGUAACGCUUUUCACAAAGCUUACUCGGACUUUAUAAACAAAAGGGGAUGGCUGAAAGACAGAAUGCUUCGUUUCACAUUGGUUAACGAGGAAUGUAAAUGUUCUAAUCUCCUUUCCACAACUAACAGCAUUACCUCUCUAUUUAUCCAUGAAGACAGCAUUGAUUAACUAUAGCAUUGUGAAAAGAAUCGAGUAUUCUUCUGAGUAGUAUAUAAACGUCCAACGGGAUUUCAAUUGUUUGGCUUGGUCAUAUAUAACAGUGGUGAUGUUCUCCUGUAAACGUAGUUCAUCUAUAUACUAGUAUCGUUUCAAUAAAUGCGGAAUUAAUGACAUCCACAGUACAAAUAACCCUAUAUACUAGUAUACUAGUAAAUUGGGCUGUGUCAAUGUGCAGGAAACCAUGAAUUACAUCCAUUUGGGAAAGCAUAGAGAUGACUUAUGAUGACUACACAUGCUGUACAUCGUUCUACAAAGCGACUAAGACGAUCGUACCAAGCAGUAUCAUAGAUUUACGAUAGGCGAAGUGAUAAGAUCACUUUGUAGAAUUGGGCUCAACUGGGACGCAUUUCAAGAAGCAACCAUAACGCUAUAAGAGUUCAAGCUUACGACGCCAGAUGUAGCGGGUCGUUCUAAAGAAACGGAGUCCUGGAUGAUUUAAUUCUGGAAAAAAAGGUUUUACAAAUAAAACAGAAUAUCAAUAUGAUUGUGUUUUUUUUACAAAUGAGAUAAGACCAUUUUGAUUAUCAUUCGACAUGUGUAUGUGAGUCAUAUCAGUGAUUAAAUAUGUACCCUGAAUUUUAUAACCAAACAUUGUUAAAAUGUCUGUGAUACGUUCAUGGAAGACCGUUUUAGUCGUUGCCCUUAUCGCACUUGUAUUUAUUGCAUACAGAGGAACAGAAGAGCUUGUUGUUUAAUGCUGUGAUGUCGAGAUAGAGCUUGAUCACGAUUAUCUCCCUUUGAUCAGCAGUAAAUCCCGAUGCAAGAGCAUAAAACUCUGUAGACAUAACGGAUUUUAUGUUUGAUGAUAUCAUUGGCUAGCGUUCUAUGAAUAUCGCAGAUGAAAAUACAUGUAUAAGUGUAUAUAUAUGGGUUUACGUGCAUUCCGUAACAGAUAACAGCCGACCACCCCGUCUCUCUUAUAGCCCCCGAAACAUUGGUGAUGACGAAAUGUAUCAUACAUCUUUAACAACCAAAGAAUUUAUUAAGGUCAGCAUAUUGUUUCUUCGCCUUGUAGACGUUUGCAGAAAGAGUUUUUUCGUCUGGGUGGGUACUGCUUUAUCUAAAAACAGUAAGUUGCCUCAAUAGUUGUCAUUUUACCACCCAAAACGAAGUUAAACUAAUUAUAACGAAACGUGGCGGUGUUGCCGAGCAAUAACAACGGUAUGAACUUGAAUGACCUAUACAAAAGAUGACAUGUUACAGAUUUAACAGACUAGUUCCGUCAUGUCGGUUACUUUAUUACCAUUAAGCAUUACACCUACACGUUCCUUUUACUUUAUCACUUUUUUAUAUGACUAAAAUUGUACAUUUUGCCUGUUUUAUAAAUAUGUUAAGGUUAAGAAAUAAAAUAUAUGAAUUAUCAAA